AUGGCGCUCUUCUGCAUCAACCGGUACGGCGGCGAGGAGCCGGGCGCGAGCGAGGAGCGCAGCCGGGCGCUGCUGCAGCGCCUGCGGGAGCAGGCGAAGGCCCGCGAGCUGCGCAAGCGGCAGCAGGAGGCGCCGCCGCCGCCGCAGCGGGGAGAGAGCGGGGGAGGCGCCGGGACCGCGGCCGCGAGCGGCUCCCGGGCGGCGGCAAGGAAGAGGAAGCGGGAGCGCGAGGAGGCCGCGGGCGGCCGCGGCGCCCCCGGGGCACGGGCAGGCCCCGAGGCGGCGGCCGGGCCCGCCGCGAAGCAGAGGAGUUUUAUUUUUUUCAUUGUCCAAACUCCAGUUUCCCAAGAAGCUGAUGAUCAACAGGAGAACAGGAGUAACCUUGGAAAUAAAUCUCAUAAAAGGAAGAAGAAGGAUGAGGAAACCAAAGGAGCUGAAAAAAUAAAAGAGAAUGGUGAAAGCGCGGAAGGAGAUCAAAACAGAAAGGAGGAGCUGUCCAUAGCUGCCUUGGAGGAAGAGACAAAACCACCACCUUCUAGUCUGGUGUUUCUUGGUGAUUAUGACCAAAAGCCAGUGCAGAAGGUUCAGCCCUUCUUACCACAGUGGCUUGCUCAACCCAAACUAGUGCAAAAACGAAUCAAAGAAAAUCUAGUGCCAAUCACAGAUGUCCCAGGAAUUCAUCCCAAACUGUUGAAGAAGCUGCAAAUGAAUGGAAUAGAGUCCUUUUUUCCAGUUCAAGCAGAGGUGAUCCCUGCUAUUCUCCGGAGUGCAUCCAAUGGGUAUUUGAUGGGGCAGGGCGGAUACCGCCCCAAAGACAUUUGUGUCUCAGCACCUACUGGCAGUGGUAAAACCCUGUCUUUUGUCAUACCUGUAGUACAGGCUCUACUAGAUCGAGUGGUUUGCCAAGUACGAGCUCUUGUUGUUCUGCCCACAAAAGAACUGGCACAACAGGUGAGUAAAGUAUUCAACAUUUACACCGAUGGUACAGGUCUGAAGGUUGUUUCACUUGCUGGCCAGAAAUCUUUUGCAAAGGAGCAGGAGAUGCUUGUCCAGAAAAAAGUGACAGGCUACUGCAGCCUGGCUGAUAUAAUUGUGGCCACACCUGGACGCCUCGCAGAUCACAUCAGCCAGACCCCGGGGUUCAGCCUGGCACAGCUUCGCUUCCUGAUCAUAGAUGAAGCUGACCGUAUGAUCGAUGACAUGCACCAGAACUGGCUGAACCAAGUUGUCAAAGCUGCUUUCCAAGCAGAUGACAACUCUGGCUCCAAUAGACUUUUUCACAGGACCCCACCAGGGCCUGUAACAGCAGCCAGCUCCUGGCAUCCUCAGAUACCCUUACAGAAGCUGCUGUUUUCAGCCACGCUAACCCAGGACCCAGAGAAGCUGCAGCAGCUGGGCUUAUUCCAGCCACGCCUCUUCACAUCUGUCUAUUCUGAGAAAAAAUUACCUGGAGGUGGAGCAGAGACUGAACAGGACCCUGAUGAGAAAUAUACCCUGCCUGAGGGGCUCUCGCAAUGUUAUGUACCUUGUAACCUGAAUUCCAAGCCUUUGCUCCUCUUGCACUUCAUGCUGAAAAUGAAAUUUAGCCGAGUGUUGUGUUUUACCAACUCCAAGGAGGCUUCUCACAGAUUGUUCCUGCUGAUUCGAGCCUUUGGUGGAGUCACUGUGGCUGAGUUUUCUUCCCGGUUGCCUCCAAAUGAGAGACAUAGAACCAUGAAGGAAUUUGAACAAGGAAAAAUACAACUGUUAAUCAGCACAGAUGCCACUGCUCGAGGAAUCGACAUUAAAGGAGUGAAUUGUAUAAUAAACUAUGAUACUCCUCAGUUCAUCAGGACAUAUAUUCACCGAGUUGGAAGAACGGCACGUGCAGGAAAAACAGGCUUAGCUUUCAGCAUGGUCCUUAGAAUUCAGGAGCGCAGGUUUCUGCAGAUGUUGAAGGAUGCCGGCAUCACCGACAUAAAGCAGCACUUGGUGAAGGGCAAGUUGUUAAAACCGUUGGUGCAGCAAUAUGAAGAAGCUCUGUCUAAGCUUGAGAAAACAGUCAAGGACGAACGAGCACAGAGACGAGCCUGAGCGGAUGCAGGCACAGGGGAUCGUGUGCCUCUCGUGCCGAUCGUGUGACGGAUGGUGCUGCAGAGCACCGUGGCAGGGAGACACUUCCCGGGCUGAGGGGUUGGCUCCUCCUUUGUCACGUGCUGCCUCUGCUGUUGUGAACUUUGCUCCCAUUUCAAGGUUGAUGGAAGAGAGUUCACUUUGUUUGACAAAACAAAAAAAAAAAAAAGAAACUGCCUCGUGGAGAACUUGACGUCGUAUCCUACAUGUUCUUCUGGAGCCUUCAGUCAGUGAACAGAAGAGUCUUCUGCAAUCCUUGAACUGAAAUCAGACUUGAGUCUGAUGAAACUGCUGGUCAGCAAAGGCAAUGACUGUCCCCUCCCUGCCUCCAAACCAGGACAAAUGGUGUUUCAGUCUUGCUGCACAAGCAAUGGUAUCUGCACAUGCAGAAAGCCUAUACCCCACCUACAGCGGACUGGUGUUUGAACAGCUUUUGUAGGGUGAACUCUAACUUUUAAAUACUA